AUGGCUCCGCACGCACAAGUAUCGAAUGGUGACAUCGAUCACCUACCUCUCACCAAGACCAAUGGCGCCAACGGAACAUUCAAUCUCGGAGAUAUCAAGAUGGAGGACAACGAAAAGACCCAGAAAGUCCUGGCGACAUUCAGAUGUCUGAUCGCAGAUCUAUGUCACCAGUUUGGCUGUGGUCAUCCAGGUUCAGCCAUGGGCAUGGCAGCAAUUGGCGUCGCACUCUGGAAGUACGUUAUGAAGUACUCGCCGUCCAAUCCAGACUUCUUCAACAGGGAUCGAUUCGUCCUCAGCAACGGUCACGCGUGCCUGUUCCAAUACACAUUCCUCCACUUGGUCGGCUACAAGAUGUUCAGCUGGGAGCAACUUCUGUCCUACCACUCUCACCGAUUCGACUCAGUGUGCCCAGGGCACCCCGAGAUUGAGGCAGAUGGCGUUGAGGUCACCACCGGGCCUCUUGGUCAGGGCAUUGCAAAUUCUGUCGGCCUUGCGAUGGCCGCUAAGAGCCUCGGAGCCACUUACAAUCGUGAAGGCUUUCCAGUCACGGAUAACAUGACCUGGUGCAUGAUCGGUGAUGCUUGUCUGCAGGAAGGUGUCGGUAUGGAGGCAUUCCAGCUUGCGGCACACUGGAGACUUGACAACCUCUGUGUUAUGUUCGACCGCAACGAGAUUACCUGCGAUGGUUCAGUGGACGUUGCAUCCUCAGAUGAUAUCAAUGCGAAGAUGCGGGCUGUCGGCUGGAACGUCAUCGAGAUUGAAGAUGGUAACCACGACGUCGAAGGCAUUGUGAAAGCGCUUGUCGCAGCACGCGCUUACAAGGGCAAGCCAACAUUCAUCAACAUCCGCACUGUCAUCGGUGUCGGCAGUCAGAAGAGCGGAACUGCCGAUGUCCACGGUGCCGACCUUGGCAAGAAGGAUGUUGCGUACCUGAAGACUGCCAAUGGCAUGGACCCAGAGAAGACUUUCGUCGUCGAUGACGAUGUCUACGACUACUUCCGCGAGUCCAUCCCGCGAGGCCAGCAGCUCGAGAAGGACUGGAAUGAUCUGGUCGAUCGAUACACCAAGGAGCACCCAGACCUCGCCGCUGAGUACAAGCAGCGCGUGUCGGGCGAGUUUCCGGCUGACUGGACGAAGCUUGUUCCAAAGCCAGAGGACUUCCCAACGGAAGCCACCCCAUCGCGAAAGGCAGCUGGCCAGGUCAUCAAUCCGAUCGCUGAGAAGUGCUGCAACCUGAUGGUCGGCACUGCUGACCUUACGCCUUCCGUCAACAUGGCCUGGAAGGGCAAGGUCGAUUUCCAGAACCCAGAGCUCCAGACUGCCUGUGGCAUCAAUGGUCGUUACGAUGGUCGCUAUAUUCAUUGGGGUAUCCGAGAGCACGCCAUGGCAUCCGCAUCCAAUGGCAUGGCCGCGUACAACAAGGGCACCUUCUUGCCAAUUACUUCCAGCUUCUUCAUGUUCUACAUCUAUGCCGCUCCAGGUGUAAGAAUGGGUGCUCUGCAGGGUCUCCAGACGAUCCACAUUGCCACACACGACUCCAUCGGUACUGGUGAAGAUGGUCCGACCCACCAGCCUAUCGAGCUUGCAACACUAUACCGAGCUAUGCCAAAUUUCCACUACAUCCGCCCAGCCGAUGGCGAAGAGGUCGCAGGUGCUGUUAUUGCUGCUGUCAACGCGAAGAACACUCCUUCCAUGAUCUCAGUCUCACGACAGAAGGUACCGCAAUACCCCAAGCACUCCAGCCGAGAAGGUGUGCAGAAGGGUGGCUACGUGUUCAUUGAGGAGCAGGACGCCGACGUGACCUUGGUGGGUGCCGGUGCUGAGCUGCGAUUCUCAGUUGAGACUCGUGAUGUUCUUGCAAAGCAGGGCAUCAAGGCACGCGUGGUCAGCUUGCCUUGCUGGCGCAUCUUUGACGCCCAGCCAAAGGAGUACAAGAGACAAGUGCUCGGCUUAGCGACCAGAGUCGCCAUCGAAGCAUACUCGCCAACUGGUUGGGAGCGUUACGCCGAUGCUGGCUACAACAUGCACACUUUUGGCCAGUCGCUGGUCGGCAAGGAUGUGUAUGAUCGCUUCAACUAUGAUGCUGAGAUCAUCGCCAAGAGAGUGUCGGGUCUUCUUGACGAGGUGAAGAAGGAUGGAAUCGAGAUUCUGCGUGGCAAUUUCCGCGAUCUCAACGAGUACGAGCAUGACAUCCAGUUCAAGGCGUUCCACGAUAAGUCGUAUCUCAAGCAAUAG